UUCAGUAGGAGCUUCGCACGUCCUUCACGUUUCACGACAGCAAUGCUAAUGCUAACGGCCGAGAGCAGCACCAACAUGAAAUGGUGUCGUCGAUUGUGUGCGCUGUGUCCCUUUUGAAAUAGACCUGGCCUGCGUAGACGACCUCGUUAUAAUUUUCUUGUAUCUGCCUGGGAUGUAUGGAUGGAUGGUUGACGGAAUAUCGUCGCUCUUUAAACCCGUUACGGGGCAGAAGCCCACCGAGUGGCCUGGUAAAGGUGCUAGAGAGGAGUCUGCGGAGUUUCGGCUGCGGGAUAACCACGCCAGACCGGCUAAACGUAACUACCAGAGCGUUUACGUCGCAGACAACGCUGGCCAGAACGAGCAGGUGGAAGUGAAAAGACGUAGGCGAGAUGUAGUCAUCGGCUCUGUGAAGAAGGCUGUCGAAGGGGUGGCGUGUCUACUCAGACUGAGAAAUCCUUCCACCCGUGAGAAGUAUAGCGAAGAAGAGACACAGAUUCAGCCUGUUACCUUGAUGGGAAUAGACGAGCUCCACUCCUCGUGGAUGAGCUGUUGCGAGUGGAGAAUGGAUAAAACAGCAGGUGGACUCAAUGAGAGGGACAGGGAUGGGAAGAAUCCCUUCCAGAGCACCUUGCCUCCUUUUAUGAGAAAAUACAGUGGAGGAGGGCUGCCUACAGGAAUACCUGAGAGGGGUAAAGACAGGGAUGGACUAAGUUCUCUCCAACUGCUUCCUUCAAGGCCUGCUCUGGGAGUAGGAAUCAGUGCAGGUGCCACCAUCCCAGAUGCAGCACGUCCUUGCAUCGGACAGAAUCGCUGCUAUAAGUCCAGUCUUACUGUGGAAGAGGCUAUAAAAAAUAAUAAUAAAGAACACUACAGGCGAUUGUUGGAGAUGGUGACGGAGAAGUACAACAAAAGCCAACCUCUGCCUUUCAGUCAAACGAGGCCACAAGAGGUGUCAAUUACACAGGGCGACCAUAAAGCUACUGUUCUGGGAAAAACCUGUGAGUCUGUUAUCAGAAAGAUGGGACCCAUUACAGCUACCCAAAGUUUGUUUUUGCGGAGAGAUGCUCCGACAACCAAGCAAGCCAAAGACAGGAGAGGUGACCUGUGUUUCACUUACCCGUUAAAUGGAGCUUUUGGAGACAAACGUAAUUGCGUAUAUGUAACGAAACCGCAAGCAGAGGCGGAUCUCUCUACAGAAGUAGCUACACAUCUCAAUUUAGUGGACAGAGAGAAUCCUGCACUGACCCGGCUUGACACACACACUACACACGCAACCCAUACAUGGCACUGCGAGGAGGACUUUCCUCGACUGACUAAGGACAUGGCAGCGGAGGUGAGUCGAGCUUUGGCCCAGAGUGAUCCUAACCUUGUCCUAAGUGCGGCAUUUAAACUACGCAUCACACAGAGGGACCUGAUCACACUGCAGGAGGGCAGCUGGCUUAACGAUGAGGUGAUCAACUUUUAUUUGUCUCUGGUCAUGGAGCAUUGCACUGGUCAAGCAGGGGGACUGAAAGUCUACUCCUUCAGCACAUUUUUCUUCCCUAAGCUGGAUGGUGGAGUUGGGGGGCAGGCUGGAGGCUAUGCAGCCGUGAAGCGCUGGACCAAGGCCGUGGACCUCUUCCUUUACGACCUCAUACUAGUACCGCUGCACCUGGGCAUCCACUGGGCUAUGGCUGUUGUGGAUUUCAAAUCACGGACAGUUAGGUCCUACGACUCUAUGGGCCAGAGACAUGAUGAUGUCUGUAGCCUUUUACUGCGCUACUUGAGGGAGGAGCACAAUACCAAGAAGGGCCGAGACCUUGACAGCUCCAAAUGGACUGUUGGCAGCUUGAGAGCCAGCGAGAUCCCCCAGCAGAAAAAUGGCAGUGACUGUGGGGUUUUCGCCUGUAAAUAUGCCCACUUCAUCUCAAAAGGAAGACCUCUCACCUUCAAACAGUGCCACAUGCCUCUCUUCAGGAAGUUGAUGAUGUGGGAAAUUCUCAACCAGAAGCUGCUAUAAAAUAACCCCAUAAUCUAUCAACCACUGAAAAACAUGAACCUUCUAAAUGGGGGUGUCCAGUAUUAUAUGACAGUAACAAAACAAGCAAAGCCACAAGCGGGACUUCAAUUUCUAACUCACUCUUCAUUUAGACCUUUAAAAGCCUCCCCAAUUGUGUGUUUUCAUCUUUGAGGGUCUUAAUCACAUCUGGUAAUAAUCUGAGUUAUAAUUAGAUGAGUUACUCAGAUGUAAGAAUAUUAUGUCUUAAGUAGGCUUUGGCACUCUACCGUUAUUAUUUUGUAUGUUCCUCUUUGAAUUUUUUUUCCUUAUUGUGGAAAUAGCACCUGAAGUGCCUUCAGUGGAUGAUUCCCCUUACACUAGAGAACUGUAAAUGCAUUAUUUAUUUUAGGAAGCUGCUAUGUAGCUUAUGACUCAAUUUGUCUUGAGUUUAGUUUUGUCCAAAUCCGACACUCUCGAGUUAAGCUCAGUUCAAUCAUAUUUGGUAAUACACCUUUGUUCAUCCAAUUGUUGAAUGGUUAACAUGCCUACUCUCUUUUUUUUUUCGUGAAGUUAUUUAUCAGUCAAUAAAUAGGGCCAAAUAAUGGAACAGAUAUUUCCUUGCUGCUGAUAGUUAAAAUGCCUACUAUCAUUUUUUUCGUGAAGUUAUUUAUCAGUUGAUAAAUAGGGCCAAAUAAUGGAACAGUUGUUUCUUUGCUGGAAACGGUCAUCAACAAAGAAAAGCCUCGUUUGGACAUUUGUUCAUAGACAGUUGUACAUUUUACAAUUAUUUGUACGGGAGUGCUUUGGAUAUGUGGAUUUGUUUUCUGUGUUAUGGAACACGAAUUGUGCUUUGCUUUUUUCCAGAAUGAAUAAAAUUCUGAUGGGCGGUAAAAUCAGUGAUCAAGACUGCACAACAUUACUUUGAGGCUACUACAUUUAGCCACAAAAUAACUUUGUUUUGGAAAAGUUCUAUAAAUAAAUGUUUCAAAGUGCUUGACAAAGAAAUAAAACCAGAUAAGGGAAAAAGAAUAAGACCAAAUAAGAGUAAAAAUAAAAACAGCAUGAAUAGAAAUAUCAAACCCCAGGCCGUCCCAGGUCCUGUGUGGAGCUUGCAUGUUCUCCCGUGUCUGCGUGGGUUUCCUCCCACCAUCAAAAAGACGUGCAUGUUAGGGUUAAUUCUCCUGCCUGUGCCCCUGACCAAGGCAAUGGAAAGAACUGGAGUUGGUCCCGAGGUGCUGCAGCUGUCCACUGCUCCUAUACAAUAGGAUGGGUUAAAUGCAGAGAACACGUUCAUUGGUGUAAGUAACCUUUGAGUUAUGUUAUUUUUGAUAAGUGCCCUUUUUUGUGCUCAUGCGUAUUUGUUUAUGAUGGCAUCAUAUUUCUUAAAAUGCACUUUUGAUGGUUCAAUUAGACUGCCUGAUGCUCAUGCACAGUUGUGAAGCCAGAAAGAGGAGAAUCAGCAAAAAGGAAAUGGAUAAACUGGGAAAAGGUUUUCGAAUACCGGUGGACGAAAAUAAUCACCGACAAAGUGUUGGAGGGCUUUCGAAAGAGUGUAUUUAAUAUUGUUUAGCACCCGGCUGAUGGGGGCACAAGCUCUUACGGUGUGUUUGUGAAGACUAUAUUAAUAAAGCAAAUCUUUAUAAACCAUCAGUUUAAGACUAUGACCAUCAAUCAGCUGGGAAUGCUACAGUAAGAAUACAAUGUCAAAUAAA